AUGUUUGCUCCUCGACAACUUGCUAAAAUUCUGAUUUCUCAUGAUAGAGAUCCUCUUUCACUCAAAUCUGAUGACAGAGAUGAAUUUGAAGGAAUGUUUAACAAAUUUGAAUAUGAAGAUGAGAACUUGGAAGAAGCUAAAGGUUAUUUUACCAAAGAAGUCUCAAGUAAUGAACUGUAUAAUAUUCUUGGAGAGACUAUUUUUCACUUAGCAUUUACCUUGCCAAUAUCAAAGAACUUCUGA